AUGAGACUUUUGCAAGCCGAAAGAUUAGUUUUAAUUCUUACAAAAAGAAAAGGUUUUUUUUUUAGCACAUUUAGAAAAAGAACAAAAAAUGAAAAAUAUGAUGAUUUGGAAACUAAACAUUUAUAUUGGUCAAUUAAUAAUUUGAAAAAGGAAUAUUUAAACGAUGAUAAUGAUAAUUUUUUAAAAGAUAUAGAAAAUUUAAAAAUUGAAGAAGAUAUUUCUGAUAUUGUAGGAAUAAAAAACAGUAUACCUGAAAAUCGAGAGAUAAAUGAACAGACUGAAAAAUAUUUACUUAAACAAGGAUGCAAAAAUCCAAUUGAGAAAGAUCAAUUAAAAGAAAUUAAUAAAAUUUUCAAUCCAUCAUUAAAAGUUUUGGCAUAUAAAGAAAAUGAUUAUUCAACGAACCUAGACAAAUUGAUGUUACAAAAAGCAUUGCAUAAUAAUAUGAAGAUAAAUAAAAUUGCAGAAAUAAAUGAACAAGAUAAAAAUGGGUCUUCGUUUGUUGAGUCACAUAAUAACGAUAAUGUAAAAAAUAACAAAUAUGAUAACAACUAUAUGAGUAAAAAAAUGGAAAAAUUUAAAAGGAAAGAAAAUUGUGAAGACAAUAAUGAAAUAAAUAAUGAUUUUCACUUUAAUGGAUAUGAUAAUAAUGUGUUGGAAAAAAAUGAAAAAGCAGAAAACGCAAAUAUUCCCAAAGCUGAGGAAGAAAACUAUAAUUUUGAAAUUGAAAAAAAUAAAAAGGAUAAUUCGAUUUUUGAUUAUGAAAGUUUAAAAGGGAAAAGUUUGUACCAGGAUUUAACACAUGAUGAAUAUGAAUAUGUGAAUAAGUUGUAUCUUAAAAAAUGUGAUGUAGAUAGAAAAAUCAGGUGGUUCAAAAUGAGUAAUAUGCUUAAUCCUAUUAAAGAGGCCAAAUCGAUCAUAAAUUCUUUAAAACUAAGUAAAGAUGAAGAAAAAGAAGCAAUAAAACACCAAAAAGAAAGAUAUUUAAAUGGAAGAGACCAAGAUAAUGAAUUUCCUAUUAAAGAAAAUAUUAAACCAUAUUAUGAAGAUGAUGGAAUGUUUGGUCAUAAAAUUCAAAAAAUAUGCGAACAAAAUAAGUAUGAUGAAAUUGUCUCACGAAUACGUAUGAAAAUAAGGAAAGAAAAAUUAGAAAAUUCAAAAAUUAUUAAAGAAAAAAUACCAAAUGUAGCUCGUCAUAUAUUAGAUCCAAUAAAAUAUCAUGUUAACAGAAGAAAAGUAAGAGUAGAAAAGCUUUUACAUACUCAUUUAGAACAAUUAUUAAAUUGUAAUAAUUCAUAUUUUAAAUUUUAUUUGUUAAAAGGGUUACACAUUUCUAUACAUCAUCUAGAAAUGAAAUCAAAUAGAUCCCUUUGUAAAAUCGUUUAUUCAUUAUUAAACAAAGAUGUUACUCAUGAAAUGAUACAAGAAAAAUUAGAUAAAGUUGCUUUUAUUUUAAGAAAAUUAUUAGCUCGAAAGCUUCAACUAGGUUAUACACCUCCUCUUAAGUUUGUUCCUCUAAAGGAUCAACAAGAAACAAGCAUUAAAAAUAUACAAUAUUAUAAAUUAUAUGCAAAAUAUAACUAUCCUCAGCAUAUAACAAAUAAUAGAGAAACAAACCAAAAAAUGAUUGACUUUUAUAACCAAGAUAUAUCAGGAUUUUAA